UAAAAUUUCAUUCAUACCUGUCACUCGUUUCUUUCGUGUUUUCUUUUGCAUUCUUUCGGUGACAAGACUAGUCCGCAGUCAUUAUUUACCUUCUAAUGUGUCGGAUGUUUCGACCCUUCGUCGAUCGUUUAUCAUCAGUACAUAACAAGCAGUAAUUAUUUCCAUUCAACCUUUGAUCUCUGCAAAGGUGUGUGUCUGGAUUUUGAUAAAAAAAAACCGUGACCUCGAAGUGAUUGUAUGGAAUUAAGUGAGAUAUUAGAAGAUUAGUGCUAAUCAAUAAUGGAAUCCUCCAUGCCGUGGAAUGAACUACGCAACUUGUACGGCAAAUAUGUCAAGUGGGUGUCCGGAAAUCCCUCCGCCCUGGGGGACGUGGAAAUGACGGUGAAAUGGUUAUCCUACUUCAUAGCCGGAAAAAUCAACAACUCACCGGCCGUUUCCGAGUUGGUGUACUCAUUGUCCAAUCUGUUGGUUUUCUUCAACGAUCGGAUCAUCGAGAAAUCCAGUGGAGUUGCUGUCCAGCAGUCGGAAAGCAGUCCACUCGCGCGCCAGAUAAAAAUUGUCCUCACGACGUUGGAUUACUGCGAGGUGUUCAUCGAGUUGUCCGCCCAGAAGAUAUGGGGCUCAAGGGGUCGGUGGUUCUUGAUCGUCGUAGUUCAAACAGUCAAAUGCAUCGGUCGUUUGAUUCUCACUAUGUUCUGCCAAAAUAACAACAUCAUCCAAAACCCGCCAAUUCCGGUCCUCGACAGGAAAAACCUGACCGAAACGGUUAGGCCGGAAAACAGUACCUUCCAGGAGCUGACCGACACCGUGGUGCUGAAACGGUCCGGCCGUGUGCUGCGCAAAGUGGAAGGAGCACCACCUAUCGUAGCCCGGACCUUCAAACCUUUGAAACAUGAACCUGUGGUAAUCCGGUACGGUGGAAGAUUUAUUCGUACGGCGGAAUUGAUGUACAUUUUAAAGCCGUUGGUCCACCUGGCGUGUGUCCGUCGGUACGGAAUGAAGAGCUGGAAGUCCUACCUAGUGCCAAUGGCUAUCGACGUAGCUAGUCUUCGCCUAUACUACAAAAACCGCGAGGAUCUUUCAAAGGAACAGAAACAGGAGUUGUCCCGGCGUUGCGUGGCGAUGCUGCUCUAUUUGAUGAGAUCGCCAUUCUACGACAAGUACAGCAAGCAACGGAUUGCCUCACUGUUGACCGGCAUUGGAAACAAGGUUCCCCUAACGGGCACCAUUACCAAUUUGAUUCUGUCCUACAUUCCGCACUGGCAGGAGACCUACUUCUACAUGUGGUCAACCUAGAGAGACGGUUGAUUUUGUUCUGUACUGUACCUAUUAAUAUAGCUUAAAGAACGAAGUGGUGAUUGACAAUUUUAUCGACCUUAUUUAAUAAAUUGCUGGUGGUAAGUGCAUGGGGACAGCGAGACAGCUAGAAUGAUUUUUAUUUCCAUGCGGGUUGGAUGAUACAAUGAUUGAUUUUGAUGAAUGUAUAUAUGAUGUUAACGAACAGUUGCGCCGUGAUCUUUUGGAGAAUAAAUUAGUUGACAAUAGGAAGCA